AUGCACUCUCUCAGAAUAUUUCAAACCUCAAAAUCCCAAACUGCCAUCUUAUUGGAGGACCUGAGGAUCAUGCCAAUUCUGCCUCAUACACCAUUCAUUCUGCAUUUAGUUCUUCUGUCAGCAAGUCUUCCAGCAAGAGCAGCAGUGGGAGCAUCACACAUGACAAAGACACUGUUAUGGAAGAAGCUGAGCAUGGUCCCUGGUAUGGGAACAAGGAAUAACAAGAUAAUGAGAUAA